AUGACUUCGACGUUCGCUGUGGAGACAUCGAACCUUACAUACGUUUUUAAUAACAAAAAAUGCGGAUUGGAAGACAUCAAUUUGCAAAUCCCAUGGGGAACAACCAAUCUUUUGGUCGGACCCAAUGGAGCAGGCAAGUCGACUCUACUCAAGAUCCUUGCUGGUAAGACGCUUGUCAAGCAAGGGAAACUCAGACUCGGAGGUUUUGACCCCUUUGAGUUUUCGUCCACCCGCCACGAGCAGCACAAUUCCGACAUCAACAACUACAUCUCGUACUUGGGCACCGAGUGGGCCAACAACGAGGUCGUUCGGCGUGACAUCCCCGUCAAGCUUCUCAUUCUGUCAAUUGGCGGCGAAGCGUUCAGGGAAAGACGUGACGAGCUCAUACAGAUCAUGGAUUUGGACCCAGACUGGUCCAUGUGUGCUAUCAGUGACGGAGAGCGCAGACGAGUGCAAUUGGUGAUGGGGCUCCUCAAGCCAUGGAAAUUGCUUUUGUUGGACGAAGUGACGGUCGAUUUGGAUGUCAUUGUGCGCCAGAACUUGCUCAAUUUCUUGAAGAGAGAGUGCAAGGAGCGCAACUGCUGUGUGAUCUAUGCCACCCAUAUCUUCGACGGGCUCGGAAAGAAUUGGUGUGACCGUGUGAUCCAUCUCAAUGCGGGGAAGAAGACAGACGACGUUGACGUGGGCAAGAUUGACUUUUCUCUGGAGAUCGACGAGGUGGAGGUGAAGAAGUCUGCUGGAGUUAUAGACCGCAUCAAGGUGGCUCUCGCCCAAUCGCUACACCCCUUGGUGCUCCAUUGGCUUAGGGACGAUCUCGAGGAGCGUGGAUCCAGGGAAGAAGAGAAGGAGCGGAUUGCCAAAAGACAGCUAGACUGGGACAAUGCUCGUGAUGGUCACUACUUCGAUAAGGACUCCAAGAUCAGCCAGUACUUCCAGGCAACUCGGGGCAAGCCGGGUCCAUAG